AUGGCGAGGUUACGAAAAUGCACACGAGCCGCGCUGCUCUCGAUCCUAAUCGCCUCCGCCCACGCGGCAUCUCUCCCGCACAUCUUUCAACGUCAAGCAACAUGCGCCGCAACAGGCUUCUCUCCAUGUGGUGGCACCGGCCUGCCAUCCUCGUUCUGCUGUAGAGAAGGAACAACAUGCAUCGCCCUGGCCGGAAACACCACAGUCCUGUGCUGUCCCGAGGGAAGCAACUGCGAUCGCAUCACGCCCAUCAACUGCGCUGUCACCUUGCAGGACCCCGAGACCCACCCCGACGCCGUCAUCAAGACUACCGCUCUGAAGAGCAAGCUCCCGACGUGCGGCUCGCAGUGCUGCCCCUUCGGAUACACCUGCAACGGCGCAAACCAGUGCGUCAGGGACGCCGACCAGACCAACAAGCCCUCCGAGCUGCCCGCUUCGGAGCUGCCUACCACCACGCCGGGCCCUUCAUCGAGCAUCCCCAUCCCGACGGUCAUCCCGACCACCAUCGUCACGUCCUCUGCCGAAGCCGGAUCCUCCACGGCGACUGCUCCCGCGCAGCAAGAAGGCAACGGCGACGACAAGGAGGCAAACAACAACGAGAGCACGUUCCCGACCGCCAUCGUCAUCGGCGUCCUCUGCGGCGUCCUGGCGGGCGUUGGCCUCGGCGUCGCCCUCCUCCUCUUCCUCGCCCGCCGCCGUCGCCGCAACACAACCCCCCAGAACGAGAAGAAGCGUAGCGGCGCCCCUCGCCCGUCGACAUCGACAUCCUCCUUCGGCAACAUCAUAUCCGAGCCGAUCCCCAUAUCCGACUCGGGACGCACGGAUUUCAUCCUCAAGACCCCCUCGACCGUCCACUCCCGCAACUCACGCAUCUCCUCCCCGACCAGAACGGGCGGCUACAACUACAAACCCUCCCACUCGCGCAACUCCUCCACCGCGACGACGCUUGCCAACCACCCCAUCGGCAUCGCGCGCAGCGACUCGGCCAAACCGCCUCGCACCCCGGACCGCGGCGGCAUCCCCGUCCCGCCCAUCCGAAACAUGCGCCCCAACUCCGGACGCAGGCCACCCGGCGCCCAGAACCCCCUCCUCGCCGUCCCCGGCGGCCAGCAGCACCUCCCGCGCGAGCCGAGCAGCGAGAGCAUCAACGUCUUCGCGGACCCGCACAGCCUGCCCAGGCCCGGCCACAGGAGGCUGACGUCCGCGACCACCUUCACCGACCUCAUGGACGAGGCGGACCUGGGGGACGUGAGGAGGGGUAAGCCGUACGUGCCGCAGACGCCGAGGAGGUAG